CUUAGAUAGCUUAGAAUGGCAAAUAAAAAGAAUAGACAGCGAGGUAAUCGUCACACGACCCACGAAACCAACUACUUUUCGUUCGUUCUAGGGAUUCCUAGAAUGCCACAUUUCUGGGAUUUCGGGAAGAGUCCACCGAAGCAACGCAAUCUCCAAGACGGUCUGUUUCAAAUCGCUUCGCAAACUUGUAGUUUGCUUGUUCAAGUUAACAAUACGAAUAAUAUAAGCUAUGGCGAUAAUAGUUCCAACAUUCACCUCAACACUUUGUCUUCGGGAUCGAGAACCAGGACACCAGCUACGGAAACGGGAAGAAGUGGAGAUAGGGAGCAAUUGCUUGUACUUAUACCCCCCACCACAGAGAGAGUCCACAAGUUUAAAGCGCCUGGAUUGCUUGGAAAACCACGAUUGUCGACUGUACUCGAGACUCCUCCUGUACAAAAUGAAGAAGAUUCUGAUAUUUGGAGUCACGGUUUCAUGAUACCUUCUAACACAGAUGAUUCUCCUGAAAGGUGGGGAAGUAAAAACAAAUGGUGCAGACCAUCGUGUAUUCCUAUCUCUAUAAUAUGUAUCCUGAUCUUCCUCGUAGUGUUAUUGCCGCUAUUAGAUCACGCCUCCGAGAAAAGUUUGAACAAUUUGAAUGGUCUUCUAAAAGAUAAUUGCAACAAUACUUGUGGAUUGUCUUUGGUGGAAAGCAUUCCUGAGGGCCUAGUUUAUCCAAACGAUUCAAUCAUAUACCCUUCCACUUUUGAUACAUGGUUAGAUUUGAUAAAUUCAGCGAACGAAUCUAUAGAUAUAGCAUCGCUCUAUUGGACGCUUAGACAGUCUGAAGUCUAUCCGGAUCCGUCAUCGGAACAGGGAGAAAAAAUAUUCCAAUCUCUACUGAAAGCUGGCGCCGAACGGGGCAUAACGAUUCGAAUAGCCCAAAACUCUCCGUCGCAAGCCUUUCCCAACAUCGACACCGAAUUGCUGGUGAAGAGAAAAGCUGCCCAAGUGCGGAGCGUCAACUUUGCCAAAUUGCUGGGAUCCGGUGUUUUGCACACCAAGUUAUGGAUCAUCGAUCAAAAACACGUCUGGGUCGGGAGCGCCAAUAUGGACUGGAGGUCGUUAACGCAGGUCAAGGAAUUGGGGAUUGUUAUUCGUAAUUGCUCUUGUCUUGCCACCGACGUCCAAAAGAUAUUUGAGGUCUAUUGGGCACUAGGAGCAGAUAAUGCCAAGAUACCUCCCCAAUGGCCAGCAAAUCUAUCUACGCAAAUUAAUUCCCAAACACCGCUAGCAUUAGUUUAUAACAACGAAACCUUUCAAACAUAUUUUUCUAGCUCUCCGCCGCCAUUUAACCCGACAGGUCGUACGAACGACAUCCACGCUUUGACGACUGUCAUAAAACAUGCCGAGAAGUUCGUGUAUAUCGCCGUAAUGGACUAUUUUCCGUUGAUGAUAUACACACCCAAAGUAAAGUACUGGCCCGUCAUCGACGAUGCCUUGAAAACCGCUGCGAUAGAACACAAAAUUAAGGUGAGGUUAUUGAUAAGCUGGUGGAACCAUUCCAGACCUGCUGAAGAUAAUUUCUUAAAAUCAUUGGCAAAUAUCAACAACGCUUAUCGCGGUGUUAGCAUUGAAGUGCGCCGUUUUAUCGUUCCCGCCUCGAAAGACCAGCAGAAGAUCCCGUUUGCACGUGUCAACCACAACAAGUACAUGGUCACCGACAAUACGGCGUUCAUCGGAACCUCCAAUUGGUCCGGCGACUACUUCACGGACACGGCGGGUGUGUCGUUCGUCUUGCACGAUCCCGUCUUCGACCGAAACACCAGCCAUACAACGAUACGAAGUCAGCUGCAAGGCGUUUUCGAAAGAGAUUGGAAUUCUCCGUAUGCGCACUAUAUGAAUUUUUCAGAAUACGACGACGGGUAUUAAUGAAUAAGUUUAAAAUCGUAUGGAGAUUUGUAAAAAGACACCAAAUUCUCAACUAUGACCCAAUGUUUCACAGGCCGAAAAAAUUUGACUAAUAUUAGGACCCAGAGAUCAGAAUAUACUUUUCAGAAGGUUUUUGGCAAAUUGGGUCUGGUUUUUGAGAUGUCCUAACCUAAAAGUGCAAAAAUAGCAUUUUUGAGGUUAUGUAUCAUCGUAACAUAAUUUUUCUCCCAGAAAGUUUUAUAACCAUCGACAUACCUGGACUGCGCGCUGCAAUCUAUACGCUGUGAGCUCGUACGUAGAGGGGACAUUUAAAAGUUCAUGAGCGCCAGUAGUGACAAGUCCUUUCCUUUCUUGGAAAUUUGACAUAAAUGUGAUUAAUUUAAAAUUGAAAUUAAAAACAUUAAUUAGAAAAAAUAUUAGUUGGUCAAAGCUGUGGUAUAUAUUUUUACCUUAAAUAUACUUACAUUUUAAAUACUGAAUUUAAGUUUUUUUAAUAUUCCGUAAUAUGUAAUUAUAAAUUAAUCUAUUAAUCUUAGCGCCAUCUACACGAUAGUUGUGAAAGUAUCCGAAGUAAGAAAUUAAUGUUUCAUCAAUAGAACGUCAAAAUAAUUAGCAAAAUCUUUUAAAAAAUCGAUUACAAUUUAUUUACUUUUUUGCGUUGUAAAAAUUACGCGAUAAAAAUUAAAUAACAAAUUAAAAAAUUUCCCGCGAAAGUUUUAAUAUUAGUCCACUAGUUAGCGACACCAGCGAAGCUCAGAGCGUAUAACUGUUCUUCCAGUUAUUAUUAUAUUUCUAUGGUUAUUAUAUUAUAUAUCUAGGUAUUAUAUGUCUAUGGUUAUAGCCAUAUUAAAGCAUAAGUCUCUCUCUUUUAAAUGACUUUGAGUUUACUCAAACAUCUUCUUUUUUCGCUGAGACAUCGCAUUUUAUAGUUUCUUGGUUUAAAAAAACCUACAAACCAUGGAAUUAUAUAGUUUAAUCAAAUAACAAAAAAGCUAAAUGCAGAACUCCCAAACGCAUAAAACCUUAUUACAAGAACCUCAACCUGACAACUCAAAUCAAUUAAGUUUAAGGUGUUAUGCGUAUUAUUUUUAUCAUCAUCAUUCAUCCUCCCCAUCAUGCCUCAACCUCUUACUAUAGGUUUCCUUCAUAUUCUUCCAUUGUUCUCUAUCUUGUUCCUUCUGUAUCCAAUUUCUCACUGUUUUUCUCAAGUCAUUCAUCCAUCUUUUUGGUGGUCUACCUCGGUGUCUUUUAUCUUCUCUAGGUCUCCAUAUCAUAUCUGUUACUUAGUCCUCUCUCUCACUAUCCUAUUUUGGUACCAUAUAUCUUCUUGUUCUCUUCCUAACAUUGCUCCUUCGAUUUUUCAUUGGGUUAUUCUCAAUUUAUUUGCAGAAUGUUUAGUUAAAGUUGUGGUUUCGGAACCGUAUGUAAUUACCGGCAGUAUGCAUUGGUUGUACACUUUUUUCUUCAAGCAAAUCGUAGCGUUCCUUUUAGAAUAUGUCGCAUCUUGUCAAAUGCUGCUCAUCCCAAGCCUAUACGACGCUGGUUCUCACAAGUUUGAUUGUCUUUUCCUAUUCUAAUUUCAUGUCCUAAAUAGAUAGUUAAAAACCUUAUGUUCUUCGUGCCCACCUACUCUCAUAACAUCACUUGGAACUAAUUUGGUCAUGUAUUAUUUUAGGACAGAAAAAAUUAACGGUUUGACAUAACCUCAGAAAUGGCCAUAAACCGCUAUUUUGCACUAUUUUAGGAUAUUAUUUAAGAAACCAGAGCCAAUUUGAAGCUCAGAUUAACAUUCAGCGUGCAAAGCCUCGCCGCUCGUGCGCAGACGCUACGUUGCUACACCGGCUAUCGGAUGACAACAAAGGCGUAGCCCGCUAUGCUCUAGUGGGGGGGGGGGUUCGUUGAGACUUCUUUUUCCACCUUAAUAUAGAUGUUAACUGGGCGCCAGGCAGAUUUGGCCCACGCCUAAAGCAGACUGCAACUCCAAACCUACCUAAUCGUUGCUGUACAAAUCAUGUGUUGUAUGGAACAAAUGAAAUUAAGCGAUACCUCAUGUAUAAAUUAUCUAUUAAAAAUAAAUAAAUAAAUUUAGUACGUAAAUACGCAAUAAUUAACAAAAAAAAAUAAAGUGAACAAAUAUAAUAAUAUUGAACAACCACAACGAUAACCUACCUAGUAACUAGUUGCGACAAAGCAAAUAGGGCUUCCAGCCCUCAAAAUUAACCGAAAAUUAUAAGCGUCGCGUGAGCUCAGGCCACCAGCGUAGAUAAGGGGGUACUGGGGGACAGUACCCCCUAAGAAGCAUUCUAAUAGAAGCAAUAAAAAAUUCAAUCUUAUUCGCUUAAAAACCAAUUUUUAUUACAUUGUCUUUUAAAUUUUAAAAUGUCAACUAUAACGCGACCACAGCCCGCCACUGGUUUCACCAUUACAUCUUUCGCCUAUGUAACCGACGUAAUCGCUCGUUGCGUUACAGCUCAGGUAGUCGGGCCCGGGCCAAGAGAGAACCACUGAACACUGAACAUAUUAUUAUUUCUAUGGAGAGAACAGACAACACUCAGUCACUCAACACUACUCAACAGUCGCGUGUUAGCAGAGUCGAGCAGAAUAUCGUUACUAUUUUCGGUUAUAAUAUAUAUAACCUAUUUUCCUUAUUCUAUUAUCGCGGAGGGAUUGUGUUAAUGAAUACAUUGUAGAAUUAUAAACUGUAAGUGAGUGAAAUACUUUGCAAUUUUGCGUUUGUGUAACACAUAAACCUGGAAAACUACUCAUUCCUACGUAUUCUACCCUACACGACCCACGAGCCACAUCUUAGAUUAGUGUUGUAAGUUGUUGUUAUUUUUUUUUUUAAUUGGAAGUUUAUACGGAGUUUUAUAUCAACAGGUUGUGGAUAUACCUAUAGUUCCCUAAAAAUGAGCAAGCGAAAGAACCAGCCCUCCUUGGAUUAUUUUUUUGUUAAGAAAACUAAACAACCAGAAAUAGAAAUUGAAGCGGGGCCAAGUAAAGAAUUUAUUAUUGAAGCAAUAAAAAACGUUGCAGUUUCGCAGGAAUCGCAAGCCAGUGCCAUUGAAGGAACAGAGAAUCCUGAAGCGGGAAAGUUUGGAGAAGAAGUAGAUAUUGGACAGUAUGUCAACCAAACAAACAUAACCGACCUAGAAAAAGUAAAUAUGCCUGAGCCUCAGGCGCAACCGCUGUAAAACAUAAACCAGUAUAACAAACCGAAAACGCACUAGGUACUACUCACAAAUAAACUAAAAUUAAUAAAGGCUAAUGAACAUAAACGCAUAAAAAAAUAAAUUAAUAAAAAUCCUUACCUUAAUUCUGUAGUGAGGUAUCCAACGAUGUAUCCAAUUCCAAUGAGAAGAAUAACCAGUAACGAAUUAACUACGUGAUCAAACAAUUGCAAACACAACGAAACUAAAAAUUGCAAGAAGAAAUUGGAAGUAAAUGGAAGCAAACGGAAACCCUAAAAGAGAAAAAUAGUAUUAGAAUAUCUCCUUGUAUUUACACCAUCAUGUUUUAUAAAACUAAAUCUAGAACUAAUAAGUUAACCUAAACUGUCAAAAUGACGUCGUCUACUACAGCAACUAAUAAAUUAACAAAAUUAAAAACCAAAAACUGAUUGAAAAUGACGUCAGAGAAAUAAUUCUAUUUUAGUAGCAAUGUCAAAUAAGAAAAAAGAUGAAAACUAAAUUAAUGUAGAUUUCUUCAAAAUGACGUCAGAGCAACGAUUCAAAUUCUAUAUCAACCAAUAAGUAAGAAAACAAUAGAAGAUCUUAUACUAACCUUUGGCCAGAAGGGUUUUCCAGGGGGUACAUACACAAAAAACUCUUCUACUUCCCACAGAGUAUUUCCAACAAUAACUAGGUACUAUCUACCCCUAUCUAUUUUGUGGUUUAAUGCCUAAUAACUGCAAUAGAACAAUAACAACUCUCAGAGAAACGAAUAAAUAAAAAGCUCGGAAAUCAAAAAUGCACGUAUUGCAGUGUUUAAGUAAUCGAAUUAGAAUUAGACAUACCUGAUGUUCUCUUCCUUCAGAAUGGUUUCAGGAAUCGUUACGGCGUAUCUAGAAUGGUGCUUAGAAAAUAUCAUACGGUGUGAACUUGACAACUACACAAAAUGUACCUACAACAACACUACAAUAUGCCAAGUUCAAUUAGCAUAAGUUCAGGCCGAUAUCCCCAAUGAGGGUGAUUUAUCCAAGAUCAGUUGCCUGAAAACUAAUGUUGCAAGUACACACAUAACAAUUUCAUGUUCUUAGUAGAUUCAUAGAACAUACUUUUCAGAAAAAGUAUAUACUAAGAAUAUGCGUAAUUACCAUUGCGAAUGUGCAGAGCACAUACUGAGUAUAUACUACAUUGCAGUACUUAAACGUUCUAUGUAUAUACUUAGAAUGUACUACCGCACUUCUUUUCAGUAUAUACUAAGAAUAUACUUUUUAGAACAUUCCAAGGACGUGCUAUAAACCUUCUAUUUAUAUACUUAGAACGUACUACUGCACAUCUUUGUAUUAGAAGAAUAUAUUUCUAAGGAUAUUCUAAGAAAGUGCUAUCAAGUGCUAUAUUGCUCAGAAGUAUGUUUUCAGCAUCACCUAAUCUCAUCUUGGGUUCAAUGAGAAUGUAGUUAGUACCUAUAUUCUGCAAUAUUACUUAAAAAGUAAGUACAUAUUUAUAAUUUUUAGUUAUCUAUAUAAACUAUUAUAGCUAAACUAAACUUACUAAAUGUAAGUACAUAUUUAUAAAUUUUAGUUAUCUAUAUAAACUAUUAUAUUAUAAUAUUUAGCUAAACUAAACUAUGUAUGAGUAACUAAAAUUUAUAUACUUAUAUGUACUUACUUAUAUGUAUUUAUUAAAUAAUAUUGAGUUACCAAAAUAGAUUAUACCUAUUUUGAAGCACCGCAAACAAAAGAGAUUAUGUAUGUUCUUUAGUCCUAGUACUUUAUUAUCAUUCGUCUUCAUCCUUAACACUGCCACACUGCAUAGAUAGAUACAUAUUUUCGAUUUCAUAUUUUACCGUUGUUUCCUACCCUGAUCCAUUCAGGUAAGAAAUGGUCAGAAUAAGACAAGACGGGGUUAGGGGAUAUGUAUUGUGGAAGUGGAAUAACAACAUCGGUGCACCGGUGAGUGUUGCCAAACGGAGGGAAAUUUCACUUUUUGCGGGAAUUUUCAACAUAAAAGGUGAUAAAGGGAAAAGUUAACUCAAAAGGGAAUUUUUGUUCCAGUCGAAAUUGUAGAAUAUUAAAAAAAAAUCAAAAUAUUUGAAAAUAAUUAAACAUAUCUUCUCAGAUUUUGUAAACUGGAGGGAAUUUUUUUAUAAAGUGGGAAUUUUUAAGGUUGACGGAAAAAGCUUACUCGAUGGUUGGCAACACCAAAGCCUUUGGUUGUGGGUUUUGACAUGCUUUGGUUCUGGAAUGGCCCGUAUCACAGCCUCCCGUAUUGAAUUGAAUGUAUCUAAAUUCAAAUUCCAACGAUGUAAAAAUACUCGUGAUAAACGCGAAAUGGUAAAGUUAUUUCAAUUAUGAAAACGAAUUUUUAAUAAUAAACGUUAAUACAAUUAAUGUUUAAACUUUUUUACCAUACAACAAUUUUCAAAUGAAAUUCGUCCAAUACUACCUACACCUACAUACAAAAAUUUUAUUAAUUAUUCUAAAAUAUAACGAAGUUGAUAAUCUAUAAGGCUAAUAUUAUACUUCCUAUACAUACAUAUUAUUUUUAAGAUAUUUUAAAAGUAUCUACUUAUAAGUAUGUGUUAAGAAUGUACUUAUAAGUAUGUGCUAAGCAUAUUCGAUAAAAGUAUAUUCUAAGAAUAAACUUUUACGAAUAUUCCGAGUUACUACGUACACGAGUGUACUCAGUAUAUUCGGUACGAGAAUAUACUUUAAAGUAUAUGCAAAGAACAUGAAAUUUAGAAUGUUUUUUAAGGUACUUGCUAUGCUUGUACUACGCAUACACUAAAAAGAAUAUACUCCGACGAAUGUUGGUAGUAUAUGCUUAGAACAUGAUACGAACAUCAUUGUUAUGUGGGUAGCACCUCAAUUUUAGAAUUCGACGACUGUCAAGGUGACGGACGUACCGUAACGUAUCCAUGACAACUCUUGCCAAAUUCAAAGUCUGCUAUCUAUUCGAUUAUUUAUUUAAGACAAUAGGAGAAAUGUGGGAAACGAUAUGAAAGAGUGGAAUAAUUUUAUUAAUAAAAAUAAUAUAUAGAUGAUUGAAUUUUUAAAACGUAACAAGCGCGCCAAAAACCUUUGGAAAAGUACACAUACUCUGUUUUGUGUGAGUCUCAUGUUUGCCGGCCUGUGUUAUUUAAGUUAUUUUAUUUAAGUGAUUCAAAUCUAUAAUGGUCGAUUAAUACACAUUCAAACUUCAGUAUAUAAUUGAACUACUAAAUUUAACUACGUUUUCUGCAAUGGUUCUUGAGACUAUGACUCCGCUGAAGCGAAUCACCAAUUGCGAAACUUCCCAGUGAACCAGUUCUGCGGAGUCGAUGGAAUGAUCCUAACAGACUAUCACUCUGUGCAAGCAAUAUUCGUAACAAUCAUCAUAGGGGAUUUAUUUUAGUUUUAUAUAGAUUACGUGUAAAUAAUAAUAAUAGGAGACCUGCAAACUGUUACUUUGUAAUUUUUGAUAAUCCUUUUUCAUUUUUACAUGGUUUAUAAUGCUUCAGUUAAUGUUGUUUGAUAAAUAUACGGUACAAGAAUUUUUCUCUCUUAAAAUGGCAACAUCGUGUCCUAAAAAGAAGUAUAGGUUAGAGGUGGGAUACAAUUUUAUAAACAGUUAUUUGGAAUUCAUAAUUUAAUUUUAAUGCUAAUGAAUCAAACAAUUCAAAUGAUAGCAAUACUGGGGCGGUACGGAAAGUUAGCUAUUUAUUUUACAGAUUUUUGUAUAAACAAAGAUAUUCUAUAUCGAUGAUUGCGUUGGUUCACCACUUUAUGUCUUCUGAAUCAAAACCGUUAAAUAUUUCUGGCUAUUGACUUUUGGGAUAUCAGAAUAUAAGGCUGUACUUGAGAGAAAAAUUCGUGUACUAUAUCAUCUUUUAUUAAUUAAACGUGGAAAAUUGUCGGAAUAUAAAAAAAAUAGUGAUAUAUAGGUAUAUUGUGUACCUAAUUCUACUUAAGGAUGUAAUUUUUACGUUAUUGUAGGUAAUUUUUAGAGAAUUGUUAUACAAACUACUCAAUUCGAUCAAUUAACAUAUUACUUUGCUCAUGAUUAAAUUAGAUUGUGAUAUCGCCAGUGCACUUUAAAAUCUUUUAUCUUCUUUAAUUUUAUCUUAAAUCUUCUAUUCUAUUAUAUACAGUGCAUUAAUUUUUCAAUUGGGAAUAUGGUAUAUAGUGCUAAAUGCUACGUUGUUGGUGGAAUAGAUCAGCCUCCUGACACUGCAUACCUAAUCCUUCAAUUAGCGCACUGUAUAUUGUUUUGUAUAUUUCGCUACAACGUGAUUAUAGAUGCAACGAUUAAAUCGACUAAUAUAUCAACAAAUAUUUGUGGUAUUUUGGGGUUUAGUCGUAUUAAAAAUUACGAAAAUAUUUCGGAAAAUCGUUCGUAGUUCCGAGAAAAUUAAUUGUUUGAGGGGAAAAGAGUUCCCUUCAAAAAUAGAUUCCCUAAUAUAUUUUUUGGUGUGGUAUGUAGUUCGUUUAGACGUUUGAUGACGUUACGUUUUGACGAAAACUUGUAAUAUGACAUAUUUGCGGUGACGUCAUGAAGUCUAAUUUGGAGGUUAUGAUCACGUCUGGAUUCAAAUACCAACCGAAAAGGCAUAAUAUUUGAAAAGCAGUGCAUUUUCAGCUAUUUUUGAGUUUAUUUAUUGUAAGAAUUAGGAAAUAAUUUCGAAAAAUCAUUUUAGUUUGCCAACAAAAAAUGCCUUAUGGUUCGUAGACGCGCCCAAACUUUGACAUAACCUCAAAAAAUACAUUGUGACGUCACACUUUGGAAUACGUCACCUGUUGUCAGUAAUUUUUUAGGUAAAUUGUUGGUACCUACUGUAGUUAUGGGUGAAAGGGAGCUCGUUCUUGAAUGAUUUAUUGUUGAUUUCAGAUUCCAUUAACAAAAUAUCUUCGUGACACCUUCAUGAUGCACCAACACGUCAUAUGUUCAUAGUGCAGGUCACUUGAAAAUAACUAUUUUGUAUAUUUUGAUAGGAUAUAUUUAUAUAUGUAUUUGAUAUAGGUAGUGUGUAAAUAACACGAAUUGUAAGUUUUUUAUAUGUGUGCCUUAAUGUAAAUGCUUUGACACUGUAAAUUAUUUAAUUUGUUUGUAUGCUUGGUACAAUAUAAACACCGCUGCACAUAAUUAUCUAAUAAAACAAAGAUAUAUAGUAAAUAAUAAAAACAAAUCUAAAGUGUCAACACCGCAACUGUCAAAUAAGUGUUACCAAUUUAUGCCAAAAUGUCACCUUCGUUCGAUUGCAGUUAAAGUGUGAUCCGGACAAGUGUGUUUCAUAAAGAUGCUUUAUAAUUCACUUAUACAAAUUAAAUGAGACGAGAUAUGAUGUAUUUAUUUACGUUUACAUUAAUAGAAAUAUUCAAAUAUUAUUUCUACGCGUUUAUAAUAAAAUAUAUAGUGGCUGUAAUUCCAGUGAACUUGGCUAAACGAUUCUAAAAAGAAACAGACCCCGGCGACUUAAACAUUUUGUGUUAGUAUCAUGUUACGUCCCCGGAUGACGUGCAAUGGUAUUUAUACUGUACGAACCAUACUUUGGGGCCUUUGUGUAGUCCUAAUGUGAUAUAUAUUUAAGUGCCUUGAUUUUGAAUUACCAAAAACAAAAAGUUCUGUUCCAUGUUUAUUUUUGUAGCUUUUCAAGAUCCGUUAUGACUUUUGUCACAUUCUUCCUUUCAGGAUAUUUUGUCGUUUUAAUUUCUUCUCUAUACUAAAUUUACAAUCAAGAUGCAGUAGAAAUAAACAAACUAAGACACGUUAAAUGCUACUAGGAGCACUCCUGAAUCGUAAUUUACAAUGUAUGAUUAUGCUCUUUAUUUUCUCUCUGUUAACCCUCCGUUAGUCGCUAUCGGUGUCACACACCGACGACAGAAUUAUUUAUUCGGGAUUUACAACAUAACUGGUUUUUUCUAUCGCCACUUUCUGUACCUCUUCCUAUCAACUAACCUCGUGUUAGUAUACAUUCUUACCUACUUGGGUACAGUUGUGCGAGUUUUAUAGCUAUUUUCGGUGCAAGACUCCGUAGCGACUAACGAUGUGGUUAUUUCGAUGUGAUUAUUGGCGUAACUUGCAGUUCAGGUAAAGAUUUAGCAUCUUAUUAUUGCAUUUUAUCGGUAAGUUUUGGUCAAAUCUUAUUUAGAGAUGUCCUUUGAAGCCGAACAAAAACGUUUUGCAAUUGUGGGAAAUGGUUCCUAGCGAAUAUUUUUAUAUUACAAAUAACAAUAUGUAUAUUGUUAUACUAGGGUUUUUCAUUUUAUAUCUAUUGUUUUUCAAUAAAACAUUUUCAAAAAUAUUUUUCAGUCAUUCUUAUAUACAAUAUAAAAUAUUUUGUUUGAAUUUUAUAGCAAUAACUAUUUUUUUUAAUUGUCGGUCUCUGACACCGUAGCGACUCUUGAUGCUCCGUUUAUCCUAGCGACUAACGGAGGGUUAAGAGAUUGAUCAGCAUCUUAUUAAUUCGAUUAAUUAAUUAAUUAUUUUAAUUACUAUUCAUGGAAACAAAACCAAAAUUUAAUAAAACUUUCCAAUAAAAUUUAUUCUCAGGGCUAAUUGAUUUUAAAGUAUUACCUUUAGUUUGUGGCUUCUAGUAUUUCUCGUUGCUCACUUCAUCCAGGACAAAACAAGGAAAAUAAAUGUACUCAAAAUCAUGUAAAUUCUACAAAUAUUAUUUAUUUAUAUGCUAUACCAUAAAUAUACGAUUCCAAAUGUAUGCUAAAACUCAAUUUUGUUGUAAAAAUUUCUGAUCUAAUAAAUUAAUCUUUUUCUACUAUCUCCUCUUUUUAACAAAUUUUCCUUUAAAAGAUUCGGUAGACUGUUCUUAUUAUUAUAAAAAUAAAACAAAUUUUAAUGUUCACCUUUUUAAAUAGAUUACUUAUAUCUUCUAUGAAUUUAUGAAUGAAUGAAUUAUCCUGUAAAAUUAUUAAAUUAAAACAAAUAUGGUAUGUAAUAUAAAACAACUCACUCCAUUUUACAAAUAAUCUGACUAAUCUUUUUUAUCUUCUAUACUUCUUAUCAUGGAUUGUGUUGUCCUCGGUUCCCCCACACGUGCUCCUUCGGAUGCUGCGACUGUCCUUCUCCUUCAAACUGUUUCACAAACAAAAACAGCACUCGCUCGAAUUCUCUCCUCAAUUAAAUCUCUGACUCGAUACAAACAAUAUCAAUCUUUAUACUUCCAAGAUUUUUUUUCUCAGCUCGAUAUCUUGUGCAAAAUUGAUAAAAACCGGCUACUCCUUCCAGACAGAAACUGGAAUCUAUUCGGACACGAGAUUUUACUUCUCGACUCGAUCACGAAUUCGUCUCAACAGAAAUCUGCUUAUACGGCCACCAAAUUAACCACUUCACACAUAAUUACUACUUUCUGAACUGGACUGCUCUCUUUAGAUCUUAAUUACACAGUAAAUAUUUUUCCUUCAUCCAUCUCAGACUCGAACACUCUACUCUCCUCCAUCAGUCUUCUCGCCAAUCACAAGCAUUCUCUCUACACAUUACAUCCCUACUUUCUUUUCUUAAAAACAAUAAAUAGUGUUGUAUACAAAUUUUCCAUCUUGUAGAAUUCCAGGAGAUACCAAAAUUAAUUUUUGUCUUACAUGCUAGAAAAAACCCUAUAUUCUAAAACUAAACAGUUUUGUUUAUUACCGUCUUUACUUUCUAGGAAGCAUUUAGAAUUGUUCUAUUGUUCACGUCAAACGCAAAUACAUCCACUUUCUAAAACCGAUCGUAAUUUAGUUCUAUUGUUCUUGAAUUGUUAAGUCCGCUCGUAGAAUCUUAAUCACUGAUCUUUUUCACUUUCCACGAAACACUGCUUACGACUAAAAAUAUAUUAUUUACAAAUUUUAGCCAUAUACAAGGCGAUGAAACUACGAUCUCGUGGUCUUAGACAUAAAAUUAAUUUUCUGAAUUCUUUCCAUAAAAUUAUAUAACAGUAUUGUUAGAAUUGUUUUUUUUAAAGAAAUUCAAAAAAAUUAAAUUUAUAUCAAUAGACCAUAAGACCAUAGUUUUUCAUCACCCUGUAUAUGACCAAAAUUGUAUAGAAUUUAAUUUUGCUAUUAAACAAGUGUUUCGGAAAAAUGAAAACGAUUAGUGAUAAUGAUUCGACGAAAUGGACGGGACAUUAACAAACAAUUCGGUGAUUAGAAAGUGGACAGAGCGUUGACGGGAACAAUGACGUUUUUAAGAUCUUUCCGGGAAGGUUUUUAAUUUGGUAAACAAAUUGUAUUUUUUUUAGAUGUAAAAGUAGAAAGUAGAAAAGAACUAAUUAUAUUUCUUGAAAUUUGACAAAUUGGAAAAGUUAUGUGGAAGAAUAUUUGGUUUCUCAAGAAAUAAAUGGUUUGAGAGAGGUUGUUGUUGAUUGGAUGGAAAAUAUCGGGAGUAGGGAUAAUGAAUGUUGGAGUCUGGAUUUGAGAGAGAAAUAAGGGGUACUGUGUAAGGAACAUCGAUAGAAGGCAGUCGAGUUUUUAAAAGUGUGUAAUCAGUGUAGAGUGGUGUGAUCAGCCUUUGCGAGCAGAAUCAAGUUGAAACCAAAUUGUCGACCGGUUGAAGAGUUAAUUUUCCUGGUCCGAGGGAGAUUCCUUUGUUUUGUCUAGAACGAGUAGCUGAUUAUUAUCCUUUGGUGCACAAGAUAUCGAGCAAGGAAAACUGAAUAAUAGAAUUCGAGCAAGUCCUGUGUGUUUUUCUUGAAAGCAGUUUUGACGUGAGGGACUUUCUCGCAACAUCCAGAGAGUACGUGUUAGGAGAAUCAAGGACGGCGCAAUCCAGAAAACGAGGAAGUGAAGAAACAAAAAGGUUAGUGAAAUCAUUUGUCGGAAUGGAGAAAAUUUGUGUAUAUCAAAACCAUAUUUGUUCAUUUGUUAAUUGAACAUUUUUUUAACGCAGUUAGUCAUCUCAAAUUUGAGAAAUCAAUUCAAAAGAAGAAAAGUAAAAUUCAUUAAAUUUAGUAGGAGUAAAUAAUAAAUUAAUUAAAUAAUUUUUGAAGUUAUACUUCUUUACCGGCGAUAGAGGGUGAUUUCUUUUAUAUGUUAAAACCUAUCAGCCCGGCGCAUGCGCAUUAUAACUUUGUUCUGAUUGGAUGUUCAAAUGACAUGUCAAAAAUUAUCCGAUAUGGCAGCUGUGGUUUGGAGGUAAAGGUAAACAAAUGUAUAAUAUAUUAGUUUUAUUGUCGUGAGGACAGAAACAAAAAAGUUUAUAAUAUUGUAGUGACUUUUAUAUAGUUUUUAAAAGCAACAGGUACGUAAUAAUUGUUAAUGUAUCAUGGGUAUAAACCUACCUAUUUGAUCUGCCAAAAUACAUAGUAUGUAAUACUUUUAUUUAUAUAAUUUGAUUACCAUCAAAAUUUCUAUCAAUAUUCACCUAAUAUAUUGUUUUUUUUUACUCUAUGUUUUGUUGUAUUUUUUCAAUUCUAAAUCAUUUCAAUUCAAAAUUAAAAUAAUUUGAUCAAUUUUCAAAAUACAUAUCAAAAUAUCACAAGUUUAAUCCGUUUAGUUAGUCGAUCUUCGUAAAUAAUGACACAUAGUGUCCGUGGCUAAGCGGAGAAGGCGAAUGAAUUCCAAUACCCCGCUCUUAUCAGCGCUGGUUCGAGUCCCAACAGAAACUUUCUUUUUUGUUUUUUUUAAUACAUUUUAUGAUUGUAAGUAUAUUUAUUAUAUAAUUGUAUUUUCAGAAAAUACGUAUUUAGUUAAAAAAAUUUUCGACAAUUAAUGUUCAGACAUCAUUUGUGGCUUGUUUAAUGUGUUUGUGUGUGUUUUAUUCUUUUAUUAUUUUAAUUUUUGGCACUGUUCUAAUAAAAAUGUUUGAGAAGUAGUAAGUAUAAAUUAGUUUAAUAUUUAAACAAAAUAUAAAUAAUAAGUAUAUUAAUUUCGUUUAAAUCAUAUAAUAGAAGUAUAACUUCUUACGUGCGUACAAAGUACACACACAUUCUUUUUUUUUUGUCAAAACAAGGAGAUAUCAGAGUUAUCAGAUAUCAGAUAAGUUAGAAAUUGUUGCAACAAAGUUAAAUUUUAGUAUUUUUUGAAUCAUAUGUACACGGCUUAUUUGAUAAAAACAAUAGAUUACAUUUAUAUGAUUUUGAGUGUUUUCAAUUUCCCUGUUUCCACCCUGGAAGAAGUAAGCAACUAGAAAUACUAGAAGCCACAGAUCACAGGUAUUGUACCAAAUACAAAAUUAGCCCUGAGAAUAAAAUUGAUUGGAAAAUUUAAUUUGAAUUUAGUUUUGUUUUUACAUAGGCAGUGAAUAAAAUAAUUGAAUAAUCAAUUAAAUUAAGAAUUUGCUAAUCAAUCUAAAUAAAUAGAUAAAGUAGAGCAUAACAAUACAUUGUAAAUCCCAAAUCAUGAUUUCAAAAUUAUGAUUCGGGAGUGCAUUAACGUAUUUACUCUUAGUAGCAUUUAACGUAUAUUGGUUUAUUUAUUUCUACUGCAUCUUGACUGUACAUUUACUAUAGCUAUGUCUGCUUCUUCUUUCAAUGUCCAAAUAUCGUUGAAACGUUGCAAAAAGUCUGUUGAACUGAAGAUAGACUAUAUUAUUGAGAAGUAAAUGCAAAUUUAAAACAGAAACAGAUUCCAGAAACGUCCCUUUUGUUUUUUUUUAAUAGUUUGCAAUGUAUUUGCACAAGAGUUGGUAAUUUUAAGGCCUUUGUAAAAACGAAGAAAUGUUCAAACGAUAAUAAAUAAAAAUAAUUUCAGUAAA